CACAAGCUCUAUAGACUCAAACAGAGCGAGCCUCUCUCUCUCGCACACACGCUGACAGAAACAAACACAAAACACGGGUGAGAAAAAAUAAAAUAAAAAAAUAAUGGGUCGCGAUAGCAUAGACAUGGAUAAGGAGAGAUUAACGGCUGAGAUGGACUUCAAGGACUCAUCCUCCGCCGUCAUCAAAAUCCGGCGACGGUUGCCGGAUUUCCUACAGUCGGUGAAGCUCAAGUAUGUUAAGUUAGGGUACGGGUACACAUGCAACGCUGCCACCGUUCUCAUGUUUGCCGUCAUAGUCCCUCUCUUCCUGUACCUCUUGGUUCAACUAACCGGUCUCAAACUCCACCACCUGUCCCAAUUUUGGUCCAACCGCACGGUCCAACUCGACCCUGAUACGGUCACCGGUUCAGCCGUUCUACUCUUCCUCAUCGGCCUGUAUUGGGCGAAGCGGUCCACGCCGGUUUACCUCGUGGACUUUGCCUGUUACAAGCCAGAGACGGAGCGAAAAAUCUCAGUGGAAUCGUUCCUGAAAAUGACAGAGGAGAGUGGUGCCUUCGAGGAAGAGAGCCUUCAAUUCCAGAGGCGAAUUUCAACAAGGGCCGGUUUGGGAGACGAGACGUACCUAUCGAGAGGAAUCAUGUCGAAGCCACCAAAUCUGUGCAUGAAGGAAGCGCGUUUGGAAGCAGAGGCCGUUAUGUUCGGAGCAUUGGAUGAUCUCUUUGCCAAAACAGGUGUUAACCCCAGAGACAUUGACAUUCUUGUGGUGAAUUGCAGCUUGUUCAACCCGACCCCAUCUCUUUCUGCAAUGAUUGUCAACCACUACAAGCUCAGGACCAACAUAAAAAGCUACAACCUUGGCGGCAUGGGUUGCAGCGCUGGUCUUAUCUCCAUUGAUCUCGCGAAGGACCUUCUGAAAGCGAACCCAAACUCCUACGCUGUGGUGGUGAGCACAGAGAACAUAACCCUCAACUGGUACUUCGGCAACGACCGUUCUAUGCUCCUCUGCAACUGCAUUUUCCGCAUGGGUGGUGCCGCUAUACUCCUUUCCAACAAAUCCUCGGACCGGGUCCGGUCCAAGUACCAGCUUGUCCACACGGUUCGAACCCAUAAGGGUGCCGACGACAAGCACUACAACUGCGUUUACCAGAGAGAGGACGACACGGGGAAAGUCGGGGUGUGUUUGGCGAGGGAACUAAUGGCGGUGGCCGGUGACGCAUUGAAGACAAACAUAACAACGUUGGGGCCGCUGGUUCUGCCGUUUUCGGAGCAGUUAAUGUUCUUCGUGUCGUUGGUUCGGAGGAAGUUGCUGAAGGGGUCGAGGGUGAAGCCUUACAUUCCGGACUUCAAGCUUGCUUUCGAGCAUUUCUGCAUCCACGCUGGGGGAAGGGCGGUGCUGGACGAGUUGCAGAAGAACCUUCAACUCAGUGAGUGGCAUAUGGAACCGUCUCGGAUGACUCUGCAUCGCUUCGGGAACACGUCCAGCAGCUCCCUGUGGUAUGAGCUGGCGUACACGGAGGCAAAGGGUCGGGUCGCGAAGGGGGAUCGGAUCUGGCAGAUUGCAUUCGGGUCGGGUUUCAAGUGCAACAGCGCCGUGUGGAAGGCGGUGAGGGACAUGCCUGUGGUUGGGGACUGGCGGGGCAACCCGUGGGAUGAUUCCGUCCAUGACUACCCUGUUACUGUCCCCGCCGCUGCUUCUUAGAAAUGAAUUUUAUUUAAAUUAUAUAAUUUUUAACCUCUUUGGGGCGAGUGUUGUUACUUAAGUACAUCAUUGCUUAAUGUCAGUGGUCGUACUCUGUGUUCUAUUUUGCUACUAGAAACUCAUCAACCUUAUCUAAUCUACGCAAAAGGAAUUAAGGAACAAAUAUUUUUAUUUAUAUUGUGAAGGUGAUAUAAUAUAUCAACCAUGGAUUUGACAAUUAAUUUUGUGUUGUCCGUUUGCAU